AUUGGUUGAUUAUUUUGUAUAUUGGGGUCAAUUCGUAAGACUAAAAUUCGCCGGUAGAAGAAGCUGCUCUUGUACGUGCAGUAACCACACUGAUGAUCUCUCUUGACAAGAUGGAUCCUACGAAAGUGUGGCGGAUACUGGUGGUUGUGCGUCUGCUCAGCGUCUUUUUGCCGCAGUCUGGGUAUCUCCACCCUGAUGAGUUCUUCCAGACCACAGAAGUUGUUGCAGGUGAUGUCCUUGAUGUCCAGCAUCACAGAACCUGGGAGUUCACAUGGGAAAAUCCAAUCCGCACUAUCCUGCUCCCCUAUGCUGCUUAUGGACCGGUCCUGUUCUUGUUGCGUCUGCUGAAUCUUGCCACGCCCUGUCUGGUGUUGGUGCUGCCAAGACUCGUCAUCUCAAUCGCUGGCAUCAUCGUCGACAGCUGCACCUUUGACUUAUGCCGCAAGUACAACAGCGGCUACACCAGCGGCUACACCAGCAUGCUGCUUUACGCAACAUCCUACGUAGCAUGGACAUACAUGACCCACACCUUCUCAAACUCCAUCGAAACCAUUCUGUUUUCCAUCUUAUUGGUUAUGACAAGCGGAGCUUGUUCUACAAUGUUGAAACAGAGAAGGGGAAGUCAGUGUUCAUGGUGUGAAACUGCUCUCAUUGCUGCCAUCUUGACUGUUGGGAUGUUCAACAGACCCACAUUCCUCAUCUUUGCAUUUGUGCCUGUUACUCACUGGUUGUGGAAUGCUGUUGCUUCUGAAAGAAAGUUUUCUGAUAGGAUCAAUCAUUUUGUUAGUCAAUUAUCAAUCAUGUCCAUUGUUUGUGUCAUGAUUUCAGUUGUUUUUGUAGUUGUUGAUACAUUGUAUUUCAGGUACGAAUCUGUCCGACAUAUCCCGAAAGAUCUCGAGAAUUGUGUGUUCAGUGACAAGAAGAUUGAGUGUCUCAGGGAUAUGUACACUACGUACAAGCGGUCAAUAGUUAUCUCCGCUUACAACUUCCUAGUGUACAAUUCCGAUUCAAGCAACUUGAGUCACCAUGGCAACCAUCCCUUCUACUUCCACACACUGGUCAGUCUGCCAUUGUUGUUUGGGCCGAUGGUGAUCUUUGUGUUGUGGCGACUUCUCAAAAACAUGUUGAAUGUAAUGCUCGGUGGAUCUCUCAAAGUCAACAGCGACUUUCAUCUUGAUGAUAUCUACCUCGUGUCCUGUUUUGCUUUCCCACUUGUCGUGUUUUCAUGCAUAUCUCAUCAAGAACCCAGGUUUCUGCUGCCACUGUUUCCAUUAGGAGUUGUCAUAGCAACGAAAACAAUGACAUCGUUCAAGAUGAAGAAGUUGAUUUUUAUGAAGUUCUGUGUGGUCAAUUUGCUGGGUCUCCUAGUAUUUGGGUUUCUGCAUCAAGGAGGGAUUGUGCCCGGGAUCUCACACCUCCAGAAGAAGAUCGCCUCUAAUAAAGGUGAUAGUCACGUGGUGUUUUAUCACACCUACAUGCCGCCAGAACAUCUGUUCCUCCACCCAGAAGAGUCGGAAUCAAAACUGUACAUCUAUGAUCUCGGAGGAGCAUCCUUUGAGAAGCUUGAGAAGAGGAUGGAAAGCAUCAGAGUCACUGCUGCUGGCAAAGGCGAAAGGAGUGGAAUUUGGAUCGUGGCACCUAAAACAGUUGUAGCAGACGUGAAAAAGCUGAGUAUCAAAUAUGGCACCGUAGACAAAUAUUGGCAUCUAAGUAUGGAAGAUCCACCCAGAAUGGUAGAGUGGUUCAAACGCGAGCUGUCGUUUUCUGAGAUUGUAGGUGACUUUAAGCUCGUUGUGGCAGAAGUGAAGUCAUGGAAGCUGUUCAAAGAUGGCGACCAGACUAAGAAGAAGAGUUCCCGUUGAUCACGUCUGUACUUCAUUACCAUCAACACUUCAUCCCUUCCAUUGGAACACUUCCCAUUUGUUUACAGCAUCUGUUUAUCAUCAACGGGAAGGUUAUUUGGGUAUUACACAAUCUACAUCUUUUUAGUUAGUUUAUGAAAAUGACUAAUAAAAAUCAGAAUAUAAAUAAAUAAUUAAAAUGAGUUUGAAACCUGUCUGCAUUACAAUUAGGUGAAAUUAAAAACACAGAAGAUUUUUUACAGCUGAUUUAGUAAAAAUAUUGAUAUUGAGAAUUAAAAAACAAGAAAUAUUAUUUUACAGUUACACUUAAAUGAUGGGGUAGCUAUGAGAUUGUUUUUUUGUAUUAGACCAGUAUUCGUCGACAGGUUGUUCUAAGUAGGUUUUCAACCAUAUUCAAAU